ACCGUCAAGGCAGGCGGACGUCGUUGUGGCAGCCACACUUCCGUUCCGUACUCCAACCGUAAUCGUCCGUAGUCGCCGCAUCCGUGCCCGGGAAACGUGGAAGCGUGUCGCGUGUGCCGCAGAACCAAGUGGCAGAACCAAGCGGCAGAAGAGGGCAGAAACGCCAAAAAGCCCGCUAAAAGAAUCCCAACUAUGCGUGCGGCAAACGAAUCAAAAUCAAAAUAAAAAUUUAUGAAACAGAGUGUGUGUUCCGUUCUGCAAUAGUGUGCAAUAGGAGUGCUCUCGUCCAAAAACUCACCAAAAGUGACACACUGAGUGACAAAAUUAUUGAAAUCGAAAGCCAUCAUGUUGUCCGGAUUUGAACUGCUGCUGCUGAUGCUACUCAGUCCGCCGCUGCUGGCGGAGAUCUCUCACAUACCCCUGGCCAGGAAUCGCAUCCUUUUGGACUCCGUCGAGUUGCUGCAACAAUCCUCGCAGCAGCAGCAACCGACACCGCCGCCAGUGGAUCUGCCAGCGACGCCAGUGCCACCGCAGCGCUGUCUGUCGCUGCAGCGGUACCGCAAGAUGCUGAAGGACAUCGACGAUGUGGAGGACCUCUAUGUGGACGUCCCCGUGCACAUAGCUCUGGCCGAGCGGCAGAAGAAACGAUUUGUGCUCAACCUGAACGACACGACGCCCCUGACGAUUCGCUUUUCGGCGCCCGUGGUCCGCAAGAUGUACUUCAAUCAAACAGGCAGCGCUCUGAGGCCGGCGGCGAUAUCAUCUGGCCCAGGUGUUCCCGGGGACACCCUGGUGCUGCCCUGCGCCCUGCGCGGCCAGUACGACAUCUUCGUCCAGGCCCGCCAGAGCGGCGCCCUCAAGGUGGACGCCCUGGCCCAGCAUCCGCACCACAACUGGCCCCUUCUCAAUGCCACGCACCGUAUCGCUAUUCGCACCCAGAACCGGGUGCGGAAGCGCGAGAUGAUCGUCAAGUGGGACAGGAGCAAAUUCGAUUACCAUGCCAUGCACUACUGUCUAGUGAUCCAGCGGAUAGUUCCGGAGACCCCUCGUCUAACAUUCACCCACUUCUGCCAGGCGGUGGCUGCCUUUGUGGAUCAGCGGCCAUUGAACCCCAGCUGCUCGGGAGUGAGCCCGUUGGACUUGGUUUGGGCUGCUCCGCCGCAGCGAGAGCGGCGCCUAAAUCCUCGCCAGAACCUGCAUGUGGUAUGCACGGGGAAGCGCCGCCAACAAAUGCUGCGUCGAUUGAUGCCGCGAAGUAGUUACCAAUUGGAUCUGUUUGGUGUCCACCAGAAGAGGCAGAACCUGACCAUGCGGCUGGCCACCACCCAGUUGAGAUUCAAUCGAACCCAGCCGCUGGCUCUGCGCCAACAGGCACUGGCGCUGUUGAAGAUUGGCGGCCAGCAUGGAACGCAGAUCUACAGCUUCAAGGUGCCGCAGGUGGACCCGCCUGUGGAGCACCCAGUUAUGCGGCACCUGUUGAUCCCGUGCUCUGGGAGUGAGAUCCGGGUCAGGUUGCUGAGGCAGCGCAGCGAGGUUUGGCAAUCGAUUCCCAUUUUCAGUCCCACAUACAUUCGGCAAAACGGAGUGCUGCCCGGCCAGAGGUAUCAGAUGAGGUUCGAGCCGAGCAACGACGAUGAGACGUUAAGGGCUCAGAAAGUAAUGGUGGCCCUGAGUAAUGAGGCUUUGUUCCGGACUUUGCCGGAACUUCCCAAAAACAUAACCGUUUUUAAUGUCAGGACAAGAUGCAAUCGGGCCACCAUAGCCUGGAAUGGUUCCCCAGAUGAAAGAGAAUUGAGCUACUGCAUCAUUGUCUUCAAUCUGCCCCAACGCAAUCGCAGCGUGGUGGAUGCCACUAACUAUUGCAUGGACUUCUCGCCCAAGCAGGUGGUGCAGUACAGGAACUUUGAGUGGAUGACUUGCAGGGAAAGGCAGCAGAGCCCACAAAGCAUCGACAACAUAGAAACGGAGACCAUCCUAAAUCUGAAGCCAGGAUCCAGUUACCUGGCCUAUGUCACCGCCAACUUGUCGAUGGGGAAGCCCCUGCCCUACCAGGCCCUGACACUCCACAUGGCCAGCCAGUGCUUGGACGAGUCGCACGAGUCCUUCUACUAACCUGGUCGAAGUCCAACAAAAGCUUAGCUGCAUUUUCGCAUCCAAACUAUCCGUCGUUGUAAAGCUACCUUACUACUACUACACUAUCCUACAAGUACUAUAUGCUGGUUAAAAGACUAUAAACCUAUCUCCAUUUA